UGAGGUCAACUUCUAAAGUACAUGUAGUAGGUAAACAUGACUGUAAGGGAAUUUAGUCGGGUUUGGUUUGAAGUACUAACAGUCACUACCAAGAAUGCAGCGGAAGCAGUCGAAACUUCAACAUCUACCAAAGUACACAGGUAUUUCUCCCAAUGAUGACAAAAGAUGUUUGCCCAGAGCGCACCCCAGUCAGCACAAAUGCGGUAGGUCAUAAAGGUGUUUGCAGACCACACACCUUUGCGCCUACUUCAGCCUAGGCUGAAGGUGUUUAGUCUCCACGCACCUUGUCCACUGCCAUGCAAAGAAAGCGCAAGGUGUAUGGCCAGCAUACACCUUGCGCUGCAUCCAUAGUGCAGCAGGGGUGUUUGGCCUGGGCGCACCCCCACUAGUAAAAUCAAAGUGAAAGGUGUUUACAUGGGACACACCUUUGCAAGUGAGCCUAAGCAGCCAUGCAUUGCUCUCUCAUGCAGUGGUUUGGGCCCAAGGUGUUUCAAAAGAAAGCGCCUAAGGCGCUUUGUUUUGAGGCGCCUUCUGGCGUUACGUGGUGAGGCGACUCAAGGUGGUACAAAACCUAAGGCAAGCGACUAAAGGCGUCAAGUUUUAGAACACCCCUGAAUGAGAGUGUGGGCUAAGAGACAACUGUAAUAAUCUUGAAUGAUUUGCAGCUUAGCUUCUACAUUUCCGCAUUCUUCUUCGUCAUACACAUGGUGGACACAGUAAACGCGGCUACCGUCGAAGAGCUUUUCAGUACCGUGCGUUACCUGCUCGGGCUGUACUCGUGCGGCGCGACCCAGUUGGCGUUUUGGCGCCAUUCUUCGAGCAUCGAACUCAGCUUCCACCGGCUCGCGAAGGUCGCCAGGACACUCGAAGAGACAAGCCACUCUCGCAAGCCGCUGGCGCUCCUGGCGCGGCAAAGUUAUUGGUGCUUGGCCUUCUACCAUGCCUACGCGCUGGUCGGGGUCGUCCCUGUGGCGACGGGCAGGGCCAGCAUGGCGGAGCCGCGCUGCGUGUUUCACGUGGGCCACUUCCUCUUCGGCCACAGCUGGCUGGUCAACCUGUGCCUGGAAUUGGCCAUGGCGCCUUUGUGGUGGAUCGCUGCGGUCUGUUCCGUCCUGAGCUGCUGCACCCUCUACCCCAUCAUCACGACGAUAGGUCCCGCGACGGGUGAAAUGCACAAGGCAGUGGGGCGGUCGCUUGAGGUUGAUCAGUGCUCUUCGCUACAGCCUUCACUUCAGAGUGAGUUGCUAGCCGCCUUCUGCGUUGCAGACAAGGUUUUGGCGGAUGUCGUCUUCAACCUCUUACCUGGAUUGUUCGGCCUGCCUUUGCUGGGCACAGUCCAGGCAGUGACUCGAGGCAAAUACGACUUCUACUCACUGUCCACAACACCAGUCAUCUUCAUCGUACUGUUACCGAUUUGCUUUGCUGGAGACUGGACUAGAAAGGAAAGAGCCGGCCUGUCAUUUCAGGCGUACUGUGGCCCUUGGCUGGAGGAGACCACCGCGCAGCGCCGAACGCGUCUCGGCAUGAUGCAAAGCACUCUGGGCCGAGGCUGCCUAAUCCGAGUGACCGGGCUGUUCGUCAUGGACCGCGCCACGUUCCUCCACGCCAUCGAGGGCUGGUACAACCACGUUCGAGUAAUCAGCGACCUAACAGGGUGA